AUUUCUGUAAAAGCAUCUAACACAUUAUAAUUGUUCAGUUUACGCGUCGGUCUUCCUCCAGCUAACCUAUGUGCUCCUCCAGGGCGGGCACCAUGUUGCAUUCAUCUUUGUACCCCCACCAUCUAGCAGUGUUGGCAUGUAGUAGACACUCAGGAAAUGUGUGUUGAAUGAACGAUGCCUGUGACAAGCAACCGGACUUUACUCUUUCCUGACCCUUGCUUCUAUGACACACCUCUUCCUGACUGCCACUGUCACCCCUUCAGAGCAGAACUUCUCUAGGAAAGCUGGAAGGGAAACAGCUAUGGCCAAGGACAUCCUGGGUGAAGCAGGGCUGCACUUUGAUGAGCUGAACAAGCUGAGGGUGUUGGACCCAGAGGUCACCCAGCAGACCAUAGAGCUCAAGGAAGAGUGCAAGGACUUUGUGGACAAAAUUGGCCAGUUUCAGAAAAUAGUUGGUGGUUUAAUUGAACUUGUUGACCAACUUGCAAAAGAAGCAGAAAAUGAAAAGAUGAAGGCCAUCGGUGCUCGGAACUUGCUCAAAUCUAUAGCAAAGCAGAGAGAAGCCCAACAGCAGCAACUCCAAGCACUAAUAGCAGAAAAGAAAAUGCAGCUAGAAAGGUAUCGGGUUGAAUAUGAAGCUUUGUGUAAAGUAGAAGCAGAACAAAAUGAAUUUAUUGACCAAUUUAUUUUUCAGAAAUGAACUGAAAAUUUCAUUUUUAUAGCAGGAAGGCCAAAAAAAAAAAAAAAAAAAAAGACACCUCCAAACCAAAACCCUCUGUACCAUUCCAGUGACCUGACUAACAAUCUAAGUAUGUCAUGUGAGAUGGCGUGGAAGGCACACAGCCCUCUGAAGGCAAUACUGCAAGUCUGGGGGAGCUUGUUUUAAAUGUUGGUGGCCACAGUGCAGGUUCUUACCUCUUGCGUUCUUAGUCUGAACUAAGCACUCUGUAAACUUUUUUUUUUUUUUUUUUUGUAAAUUCAUAAACUUUUGGAAAGAAAAGCAAUGAAUUACUGUUUUCAAAUGGC